AUGACGGAUAAGCUCCCCCCUCCACUUUUGGCUCUUUUCCAACCUCGCCCGCCCCUACGCUGGGUUACGCCUAUCGAUCGUGCGCCAGAAGACUGCAAGAAGAGUGCCAUCUCUGGCGUUGCUCAGUUCCUCGCCGAGGCGAAUAAGAAUGAAGAGGAGCACCCAUACAAUCCUACUGAGAGCUGGUUGCAGCGCAAAUGGCGCCAGAAGUUGGAACAGAAGGAGAAUCUCAACAAGCAUCUGACUGAGGGUCUUGAAACUUAUGAGCCUUCCAAUGAUCCCCAAGCCCGGGGUGACCCAUUCAAGACGCUAUUCAUUUCGCGACUCAGCUACGAUGUAAAAGAAGCAGACCUUGAACGGGAGUUUGGACGCUUUGGUCCUAUCGAGAGGAUUCGCAUUGUCAAGGACACUGUUACUCCCAAAGGCUCGAAGAAGCCACAUAGAGGCUACGCCUUCAUUGUCUAUGAACGUGAGAAAGAUAUGAAAGCCGCUUACAAGGAGACGGAUGGUAUUCGAAUUAAAGAUCGACGUGUCCUGGUAGACGUGGAACGUGGUCGGACUGUCAAAGGCUGGAAGCCUCGUCGGUUCGGUGGCGGGCUCGGAGGUAGAGGCUAUAGUAAGGCACUGCCUUCUCGUCCUAUCGGGCCUGGAUCUUUCGGUGCCCCCUCUGGACCUGGAGGUUAUGGCGGUGGCUUCCGGGGUGGCUUCGGUGGUGGUAGAGGGUUCAAAGGUGGCUUCCGAAACGACCGUGGAUUCGGUGGCCCUCGCGGUGGUGUUGGAUAUCAGGGUGCCCGCAACGGCUUUGGUGGACAGGCACCGCCAAAUGCUCCCUCUGGACCAGGAGGCGGAAGGAAUGCAGGAUUUGGUGGUGGUCGACCCGAUCGCGAAGGGCGGGGUGCCACCGGCAGCAAUCGUGAACCUAUCCGCCCUCGGGAAGGCUACGGUGAUCGGGACCGUCGAGACCGAGACCGUGACCGCGAAGGUGAACGGCCACGCGAUCGUGACAGAGAGAGCCAUCGCUACCGUGACCGUGAUCGCGAGCGAGACCGUGAUCGCGACAGAUACGGCGGCCGGGAAGAGCAGGGACGAAAGAGGUACCACGAGGAUGAUUCGUACGACGACCCGCGCGCUAAGAGACGAUACUAA